AUGGUACUUCAAUGUGCUCUCAUCAAUCCUCCAUUCAAGAUCCCUUCGGACCCUCCACAUCCCCCCUCCGCCUCGAUGAUUAUCUCAGAUCGUAAAAUCCAUACCCUCAUCAUGGCGAAAACGACUGCAAUCCGCACCGGCAAAGCUUCUCCUCCUCUCCUCUUCCGACAUAUUUCACCAGGGCCAGGCGAUUCUACCUUGCAGUUUAGGCUUCUUCAUUUCUGGGAAGCUCGCAAGAAUGUCAAAGGAGGACCAGGGAUCCUUCUUGGGAUCGAGAUGCUUAUGAUCGAUGCGGAGGGUACUUUGGCUCAGGGGUUCAUCGGUCAGAACCGUCGCAACCAGUAUGAGAAAGAGCUCCAGCGUGAGGCUGGUAAUCUGCAUCUCACACGCCUCUGCCCUGCCGAAGGAUGA